UAUAUUUUUAGUCACUAAAAUUUAUUUCGAAAUUAAAUUUGAAUUUCAUCACUGUAAUUGCAAUAAUUAACAAAUUUAGUCCCAUAUUUCAAUUCUGUUAAUUUGCUUAAUUAAAAAUAUUUAAUAUGGAGUUAAAAAUAAUUAACUUAAAUAUAAAAAAACAUAAAAAAUUAAAAAUGUAACAACAAUUAAAAACCCCACACCAUUAAUCCGACCAAACUCCCCAGCCGUCACCAACCCCCAACCCAUACCCAGCAUCUCCGCCGCCCCAUCCUUCCUCUUCUUUUCCACCAUCCCCACCUUCGUUCCCUACACCCAUCCCUGUUUUUACUUUUUAAUUUUUUGUUUCUUUUCCAAUUACAGUGUAGAUCAUAGAUCAAUUAGAUAUACCCAGAUUUUGAAUUUCUUUGUUCAACAAAAUCCUCAGUUCAUAGCUCAAUCAAACCCAUUUUUUCUUUUUGUCAAAAUUUCGAUUAUUUGUAGCUCAAUUGUGGACCAUUUCUCUCAAUUUCUGAUAUGGACGAGUUUGGUGUCUUAACCGAACAAUAUGGGUUGCAGCCCCAAGGAAAAUCGGCUCCAAUGGCAGCAUCCAAACGAUCCACAAGCACCAAUGGCACCCAAGCCUGGAGUUCAAACAAAGGGAAAUCGGGGGGAUGGGGUCUGGGUUGUUGGAUUCGUUUUGGGGUGGGGUGGGGGUGUGUUGGGGGGUUUCUAUGGAUGAUUUUUUUCUCUCUCUUUUCUGUAGUUGCUGGGGUUCUGGGUUCUGCCGAUGAUUUUUUUGUUUUCUCUUUUUUGUAGUUGCCAGCUAGGGUGGGGGCAGGUGGUGGUCAUGGGAAUGGGGGGAAGCGUAGAGGGGAGGGGGAGAAUAAAUCGAUGGGGGAGAGGAGAGAGAGUGGUUUUUUGAUUUUGUUUUGGUUUUUAAUAUUUUAUUUAUAUUUUAAUCAAUUUAAAAUUAUAAAAAAAAAAAAACAAGAGAUCUCUAAUGCUACAUAGACAGCUAACUGAGAAAUUUAACGAAAAUCAUAACGGCAGAAUUAUAUUGUAAUAAAUUUAAAAUAUUGGGAUAUGUGAUUAUAAAAAUUAAAAAAAAAUAAAUUAAUAUGUCUUAAGUAUGUAACUACUAAUAUUAAAUUAUAAUUAAUUCUUUUAUUUAUUAGAUUUACUAAUAUUUUUAUGUGAAGGACUAGUAGCUGGAAAAGAAAAAAGAAAAGAGAAAAGAGAAAAAAGCACUCCUUCAUCCGAUGUAAGUUGUAACGUUAACUUCUCGCUCUGUGUGAAAUUGUGAAAGUGUUUAACUUCUCUCUGGAACACAAUCUCUCUGCAAUGGCUGUAAAUGCCUCCGACGAGGCAUCGGUAUCGAAUGGGUUUAGAGAUGUCCCCUUAACCCUUCUUCUUUCUUCAUGCGGAUUGGUGGAGAUUUUUAUGUUGAGCUUUCUUUCUUGGUCAAGACUUAGCUAGCUGGUUGAUAGAGACUUUUAUUAUACUGUUGGUGGACUGAUGGAUAAUGCUAUUAUAUUUUCUUCACUUCAUUUAGGAAGUGUGGAUCAAAGUUGCAGCAUACCUGUUAGCUGUUCAAAUUUUAAAUUGCUAAAGCAAACUAUUAAUGAAGUCGACCAGCAUUGCUCUCUUGAUAUUUUGCCUCUUCUUUUAGAGAAGGCUCCACUUCCAGCAAAGCUGAAAUGUCCCUUUCACAGCUCACAUUCUUCUGUUGUGCAGGCCCCAGAUGUCUAUAGCAUUUCAAUGUUGCCCGAAGAAGGCAACAGUUUACGAUGUGCUUCAGUAUUGGGCUAUUUGAACUUUUUAAAAGUUUAUAAUUCAUCUAAAAGUCAGAUGUGCAUGGAUGCUCAGUCGAGUUGCCAGAACGGCAUUGAUUCACAAGCAAACAUGGCAGAUUCUCAUCCCCCAUGCAUCAUUGAGAUAGAUCUUGAGAAGGGAUGUAUUCAAGCACCAGAAUCUGAAGAGGAAGCUAUCGAAAGUUUGAAACGUGAGGGUUUACUCACUAGGGUGUUUCGCAGACAGGCAAGCCUAAAAGUAGGUGGGAAACUUAUGCAUCUUCUAUUCAACCAUGGCACUUCAAGAGAUAACCCAGUGCCUGAGAAAGUUCAUGAAACACCAAACAACCGGUGGAGAAGAUGCAAACGCACUGCCUCAUUUGAUUCCAGAAAAGUCGUUUUCCUGUUUUCAAUCUUGUCAAGUUUGGGGACAUUGGUUUUGAUAUAUCUGACAUUGAGAGUUCGGCAGAGUGCCGAUGGUUUCAUUCAUGUCUAAUUCGCUGCCACCUCAUUCAUGCUUCAAAUGACUUAGUUGCUGUUGUGUCUUGAGGGCUACUUCUGAAUUAACCUUCUUUGUAAUGUAAAUAUUUGGCAUUUUCUGGUGUCUUCUGUAUAUGGGUAAUUAG